AUAAGACCAUCGUCUUUCUCAAUACAACGUCCUCUGUACACAUCAGGCGCCUGUAAAAGCAAUUUCCCUCCCGAGUCGACUCAGUUUCAACCGUUCUGAAUCGCCCCGGAUUCCGUUCGGGGCUCUGAUUUUGGGACUUAAUUUCAAUUUUCUGAUCUGGUGAAGCUUUAAGGUGCUACAAAACGAAAAAUUCUGCGACAUUAGUAGGAAAAGCAGGGGGCAAAUCACAAUGAAGGCGCUUAUUCUUGUCGGAGGGUUUGGGACACGUUUGAGGCCAUUGACUCUUAGUGUCCCUAAGCCACUUGUAGAAUUUGCUAACAAACCUAUGAUCCUGCAUCAGAUUGAGGCUCUAAAGGCAAUUGGAGUUACUGAAGUGGUACUGGCUAUUAACUACCAACCAGAGGUGAUGUUGAAUUUCUUGAAAGAAUUUGAAGCUAAGCUGGGGAUUACGAUUACAUGCUCGCAAGAGACUGAGCCACUUGGCACUGCUGGUCCUCUGGCUUUGGCUAGGGACAAAUUGGUUGAUGGUUCUGGUGAACCAUUUUUUGUUCUCAACAGUGAUGUCAUCAGUGAGUAUCCGCUCAAAGAAAUGAUAGAGUUCCACAAAGCCCAUGGAGGAGAGGCUUCUAUAAUGGUAACCAAGGUGGAUGAGCCAUCAAAAUAUGGUGUGGUGGUUAUGGAAGAAUCCACUGGGAGGGUUGAGAGAUUUGUAGAAAAACCAAAAAUAUUUGUUGGAAACAAAAUCAAUGCAGGAAUUUAUCUGUUAAACCCAUCUGUCCUUGAUCGAAUUGAACUGAGGCCCACCUCAAUUGAAAAAGAGGUCUUCCCAAAUAUUGCAGGAGAUAAAAAUCUCUUUGCAAUGGUCCUUCCAGGUUUUUGGAUGGACAUUGGACAGCCAAGAGAUUACAUUACAGGUCUGAGACUCUAUCUAGACUCUUUGCGGAAGCGGUCUUCAUCUAAGUUGGCCACUGGCCCCCAUAUUGUGGGAAAUGUUUUGGUGGAUGAGACUGCCAAGAUCGGAGAAGGUUGUUUAAUUGGACCUGAUGUUGCCAUAGGUCCAGGCUGUGUUGUUGAAUCAGGAGUUAGACUCUCUCGUUGCACUGUGAUGCGUGGAGUGCGCAUCAAGAAACAUGCUUGCAUAUCCAGCAGCAUCAUCGGGUGGCACUCCACUGUUGGCCAAUGGGCUCGCGUAGAAAACAUGACAAUUCUUGGAGAAGAUGUUCAUGUAUGCGAUGAAAUAUACAGCAAUGGGGGUGUUGUUUUGCCCCACAAGGAGAUCAAAUCAAGCAUUUUGAAGCCGGAGAUAGUUAUGUGAGGAAAUGGGGUUGAAAUUUGUAGAAUAUGUUUUAGUCAGGGAGAUUAAAAUACUUGUUUGGUUCUUUUGCUUCACCUUUUCAGUUCUGGAACGCAAGUGUAAAAGUCAGUCGGUUUUUUGAGGUUUGGAUGAAUUUUAGUCAAGUUGCUUGAGUGAGGACGUUUGUGAUGGAGCUCAUAAGUGUGAUCUUGGUUUUAUUUUUACCCAGCAAUGUACAUAUAAAUAAAUAUCCUAUUCAUGGGGCUUUCUGUAAUUUAUCAUAUGACAAAAAAUUCUUUGUUUCAUACUGCCAUUUUAAUAUGGAUUCUUGUAGGUCAUUUUGGAUUUUCCAAUUCUGUAAUAUGUUUCCCUUCAAGUGUCGGUGGCAUAAAUUAUGAAUUAUGUAUUUUGUUCUUAGCCA